AUGCACAUCCGUUGGGCUCAUCGUUACCUACCAGCCGUCUCUGGAUAUUUAUCUUUCAUCGUGAAUCCAAUAUUGGCAUAUCUGAUUUUAACGGAACAGAAAUCAACGACAAUCGGACGAUAUCGGUUUUUGAUUUUAUUCUUUGCUGUUUUUGACAUGUUAUAUUCAACGGUUGAACUUUUGGUUCCCGUGGGUAUGCAUGGAACUGGCUCCGCAUUUGUGAUUUAUCUAGCUCAUGGUCCGUUUUUUGGUAAAGACAGAAUCCGCCUCGCUCAGUUUGCAAUUUCUGUCCGAUGUGGAUGCAUUUCGCUUUCUUACGGAAUCUUGAUCAUUCACUUUAUCUAUAGAUACAUUGCACUCUUCUUGUAUCAUGCGCUCAACAUCUUACAUCUCCAAAUACUUUUUUUCAGCCCAAAAUUUGUUGAACAAGUGUUCCGUCCAUUUGGAAUAUUCUGCAUAUUUACUUUCUUCUUAAUUCAUGGAAUUGUUUGGGCUGGAAUAUGUGAACUGUUUCUGUAUGCAGAUGAUGAAAUGAGAGAUUAUAUUCGGGAAACUUUUAGAAAAGAUUACGAAGUGGAUUCAAAUGAUAUUGCUUUUUUGGCAGCUCUGUACAUGGAUGGGAGUGCUGAAGUCAAUAAACGAGGGUGGACAGGGAUUCUAUUACUUUCUGGGAUUUCAGUUUAUGCUGUAUCGUUGUAUGUCAUUUUGGGAAGAAAGAUCGUUUGGAAGCUUCGAACUCAAAACGCUCUAUCCCAAAUCACUCAAAAUAUGCACAAACAACUGUUCACUGUGUUGGCCGUCCAGACUGUAAUUCCAGUAUGUAUCAGCUUUUCUCCGUGUAUGAUGGCUUGGUAUGGACCAAUGUUUUAUUUGGAUCUCGGCAUGUGGAAUAACUAUUUCGGAGUUAUUGCAUUUUCAGCAUUCCCGUUUUUGGAUCCAUUGGCUAUCAUUUUCCUGCUUCCAAACUAUCGAAACAGGCUCACAAGAAAGCAUAUAAUCAAACCCUUUGUGAAUAUUUUAUUCAACAGAACGACUACUGUCAAUUGA